GGUACGGAUGGCACUGGACGAAAGGCUCGGAGACUGACAAUUUUGAUGGUUUCCAUGCAACCAUGGCAACACAGAACAACACUCCCUUUGUACUCAAGCCCUCAGCCAAUCAUGUUGGAGGAUUUCUCCAAAAGUGGUACCAGAAUGAGAGUACAAAAAGGGGUGCAUCUGAAGUGUGAAUGAUUUCAUUCUGCUCAUUGAUAAGGACUCUCCACUUUCUCUAGGAUUUCCAGCGCAGCAUAAUGCAGAAAUUAAUGAUCCUCGCAGCCUUAGGGCUUAUCUAUGUCACAGUAACUCAAGCUGCGCUUCCUACAGUAUCUACAUCAGCAAAUGAUUUUGAUGUAAGGUGUGGUAAUGAAUCCACCCCAGGCCCCUUGAUGGUCAUAUGGUCAGAUAACCAAGUCAACAGCCCCAAUGACGUUUACAUCUAUGGUAAGAGUGGAGUGUCCGACUGCACCUUCACUAUGACUGCUGGUAACGCCUCCUCUGGAACCCCAGACACCUGGACCCUUACUGAUGGUUAUGCAGCUGGUGAUCUGAGCAUGUGUGGAAUUGCAAUGAAUACCAGCAGUGGUACAUAUGAGGCCACAAUUGUUAUCCAGUUGGGGUCCUUGGAGACAAGCGAUGAUGCAUUCUACCAGAUCCAGUGUGUCUACUCAACCUCAACCACCAUCGGUGGUGGCUCUACCUCCGUCAGCGUCUCUGAUGUCAUUAAGGACAACACAGUUGCUAACACAGGAGCUUCCAGUAACACACCAGACAGGUCAUACACCCUCGUUCUGAUUGAUUACGCUACUGGAAGUGUCGCCACUACUCCCGUCCCCAUCGGCAUGCCCGUGCAGCUCUCAGCCGUCGCCAGUGGCACUGAUACUGGAUCCAAUGUUGCCAAUGAUGAAGUCAGUCUCCAGGUCAGGAGUUGCUGGGCAAGCAGUGGUUCUGCCUCCCCUGUGACUUUCCUUAAUGAUUAUUGUCCAUCUUUCGGAAAUGAACUGUUUGAAGAUACAACUGAAGGAUUUACGACAUCUUCUGAUACUGCUCUCUCACCCGACUUCAGAAUGUUCGGUAUUGGUGGUGGUGAUGGAACCGUGACAUUCACAUGCGAUAUCGCCAUCUGUAGGACAGUAUGUGGAGGGGACAACUGUGUAGCCAAAAAGAGGAAGAGAGAUGUCCGUAGCCGUCGUAACGUUAGCAACGAAACAUUGACAAUGGAGGCGCGUGUAGUCACUGCUGUCACCAUCGGACCCCCAGGCUGGACAAACAUAGGUUCUGGCAACACUGGAGCUAACAAUGGAUCUGAUGACGCAAAGAAUGACUCACAAAUGAACACCAUACUUAUUGCCAUUGCUGCAGUUCUUGGUGCCCUCUUAUUGGCUCUGCUGGUCGGAGUUGCAGUCAUGUGUAAGAAGAUGAAUGACAGCCCCGCUCAGAGUCCACCCGCUUAUAUCAUGCACACUACAAAGAGUCAUUCCAAUCCAGGAUUCGAAAAAGCAUAAAUAGAACUUUUUAAAUGAUGCUCAACUUACUAGUAGUUGCUGUGAAUGUUUGAACAAUGAUUUUUGUCCUAACAAAAAAACGGACAAUACAAUAUCACUGACAUGAACAAUUUACACUGUUAAGUAGAGUAUCAUAAAACUUGUGCAGGUUAGGCUAGAGAUUGGCCAAAAGCUAUGAAAUUAUGGACUGAAACAGACUGUACAUAAACUGUCCUCUAUGUAGUUUUCACGUAUAUUUAAUUUCUUAGGUAAUCAUUACAAAUUAUUAAUCCAUUUUGAUUUACUACUGAUUUACCUUUUCACUUAUUUUUGAUAAAUGAUUGAUUAAUUAACACAUAAUUGACGCUUAAAUAUUGG